AAUGUUAUAAGAUAUCUACAUUGAUAUAAACUCUAUAAAUCUGAAUAAGCAAGAUAUUCACUACUAUUUUCUAAUUUAAUUCGUUUUAUAACCCUUUAACCAAAGAUCAAUAAAUAGAAACCAAAAAGUGUUAAAAGUAUCUUUAUAUAGACAAUAUUUUACUCCAUGUCCAAUAUCCCCAAACAUCAUACCAAACAAAAAUGGAAACGUUAUUAUUGUGAAAAGUCCAGGAUUUAUUUCAUCGUAUCUUGGAAUCCCAUAAGUGUUCACUAACUCUUGAAAUAUAUAUGUAAAUUAAUUGGUUUUCAAUAGACUUGGUGGUUCAUACAAAUUUUCAUUUAUAUCUUACAUUAUUUCAAUUUGAACCCCAAAUUAUUUUAAUUAUUCUAUAUCACUUUUCUAAC